AUGGCGGGAGCUAGAGGCAGGGCCACAGUGGCUACUACAACCUGCAACAACACAGCCAAAAUAGUGGACGCAGAGCGGGCCCCCGACAAGACGGAGGACAAUCCUGACAUCUUGGCCAGGCUGGACAGGAUAUUCUACAAUUUCUGGUGCAAGCUGGAGAGUAAGCUGCACCAACCUGUCUGGAGCCAGUCAGAUGACCACUCGCUGCACAAGCCGACCCCGGUCAUGAAGCAGAAAACCGCAGUGACGACACCCCGUCAAGCCCUAACAUGGCGGCGGGGCAGGAAACGUGCCUCGCUGAGAGGCUCAACUACCCAUCUGGGUAGUUUACCAAAGGGUAAAAGCUUACCUUAG